ACCUUUGUGCUGAGCAUUACCUCGACCAAUCACACAGCACUUCUCACUCAGCAGAUUCAGACAGUUCGGUUAGUUGCACGCGCUGACUGCAGUGCCUGAUACUCUCGCUUACCUGUUGGUUACUUUUUACUCAUUAUGGCCACGCGCGUUCGACCGAGUAAUAAACGGUGUGCAGUCAUCGGGGGGUCUGGUUUUCUGGGCAGACACUUGGUGGAGAAGCUGUUGGAUCGAGGCUACUCUGUUUCUGUGUUUGACAUCCGUCAGAGCUACGAGCUGUCUGGUGUCACCUUCCACCAGGGAGACCUCUGCGACAAACAGGCUCUGCUGCCAGCUAUGAAGGAUGUGUCCCUGGUCUUCCACUGUGCCUCCCCGGCCCCUGCCAGCGAUGACCGCGGGCUAUUUGAGAGGGUCAACAUUCAGGGCACACGCACCGUCAUUCAGGCUUGCAUCGAGGCUGGAGUACAGAAACUGGUCCUGACAAGCAGUGCCAGUGUGGUGUUUGAAGGCACAGACAUUAAGAAUGGGAGAGAGGAUCUACCAUACGCCAAGAAGCCCAUCGACUAUUACACAGAGACCAAGAUUGAGCAAGAAAAGCUGGUCCUCGAGGCCUGUGACAAGGAGAAGGGUUUCCUCACAGUUGCCAUCCGGCCUCAUGGCAUCUUUGGCCCUCGGGACCCACAGCUGGUUCCUAUCCUAGUGGACACUGCUCGCAGGGGCAAGAUGAAGUUCAUCAUUGGUGAUGGGACAAAUCUGGUGGAUUUCACCUUCGUGGAGAAUGUAGUUUAUGGCCACAUCCUGGCUGCUGAACGCCUGAGGUCGGACUCCCCCAUAUGUGGAAAACCGUACCACAUCACCAAUGAUGAGCCAGUUAGAUUCUGGGACUUCAUGUCUGAGGUGUUGGUGGGUCUGGGAUAUGCUGCUCCCCGCUACCACCUGCCCUACACUCUUGUGUACGGACUGGCCCUGCUCCUCUGGCUGCUGGCCCUGAUCCUGCGUCCUCUAGUGUCCUUUAAACCCACCUUUACACCAAUGAGAGUGGCUCUGGCUGGAACCCACCACUACUACAGCUGUGACCGCGCCAAGCAGGACCUGGGCUACAAACCCGUAGUCAGUCUGAAGGAUGGGAUAGCGCGCACAGUGCAGAGCUACCCUCACCUCAGACAAGGGGCUUGAUGGUAGAAUGGAGGUAAAGGCUGCUGAGAGACAUGUAUAAGGACGUACAGUUGCACUCACUGAAAAUAAGGUGAUUAGAUCACCCUGAAUGGACAAUUCAAAAUGAGGGAACAGACUUUAUCUUUAUUCAAACCUCACGAUGUGUACCAUUUUGUGUGCCUUUUCAACGGUUAUGUACCAUUUUUACCAGCAGAUGGUAGCAAAUGAUUGUGGUUUUGGUCAACACACUGCAGUCUGGUCUUUCCAAAGUUAUAAAGCACUUAGUAAACAGUAAACCACUUAUGGCAACUAUAUAAUAUACUAAAUAUACUGAUCUUACACUGUGAAAACUGCAAAGACUUGUUCCAUGUUCACCCGUGUGCUGUACAACUGUUGAGAUACUGCUGUUAAAUGCCUUAAUGUAUUCCACUAAACCAUUGUUCUCCUGAUACAACUUGCAUGAAAAUUAUUGUUUAAAAUAAUGACUGGCAUUACAUUACAUGGCCAAACGUAUGUGGACAGGGAUGUGUAUUUUUGGGCUGGGGCAGUUUUAUUCAGUUUGGGAUAGGCUCUUUGGAAAGCAGCAUACAUAGAUACUUUAGAUAAUAUUGGGCCUUUCUUGUUUCAACAGAACCAAACCCCUGUGCUCAAUGCCACUGUGUGGAAAUGUGGAAAGCCUUCCUAGAAGAAUGGAGGUGGCAAUGUAUAAGCAGCAUAUUACUUUCUAUAGUUCAGAGCAUAUGUUCACCUUUUUUCAAGUCUGUCCUAAGACAAUACAUACCCAUAUGCACAAUGAAACAUUUUUUGGUUCCAGUGAUUGUUUUUCCUGUCCAUACUGGCCAUGAAAGCGUCCCCUCCUAAUGCGAUUCCAAUGCAAGAAUUGGGGGAUAAAAAUCCACAGUCUUCGUUUGAAAUGCAUUUCAAAGUUCAGCAAAGGACAAUAUGAGGCUUUAGCAGACUGAGAUAGACAAAUCAGUGGAUCAGACCUAAUGUGGAUUUUGCACUAAACACACUGAAACUUUAAAGGUUCCUGAUUGAUAUAACAAAAUCUGACUGUUAAGGUCUCAUAAUAGCUUAGGCUGGAUGUAAUGGAUUUUACACAGAACAAGGGCUAGCUCUUAGUAUUGGAAUUGCAUUAGGAAGGGAUCGCUUCAUGGCAAAUAGGGACAGGAGGAAUGAUCAUUUCAAUGUAUAUAUGGGACUAAUGUGUCUCCACAUUCUUUUGGCUAAUUAGUGUAGUUCCACAUACUGUAUACGUGAUUCACAAACAUUGUUCCGAACACAUUGUACCUUCUCUCUGAUACUGGAGUAUCUCUGGUAUGUGUUUCUACAAGUUACGCAAACUGUUAAAAUAAUAUUCAACAACGUCAAAUACAGUAAUGGGAUGGGCAAUGAAAAUGCAUCAGAAGCUAUUGUAAUCCAUGUGUAGUUCUGUCAUUUUAAUGAUGACAAAGUUAUAUAACUGGGGAACUUGUAAACACAAGAGGGCCUUAUUUUCUCAGUAUUUGUGUCCAAUGUAUUAAUUAGCUGCUACAAAGAUUUUGCCUUUUCUAGGUGAA